AUGCAAGGGCGCCGGGGCGCUGACACUCAGGCCGUCGCGGCCGCGGAACCCACGUUCUCCACCCCCCGCCCCCCGCCCACCAUUACCACGCUUCCCCCGGGCGGUGAGGCGCACCUCAUCCCGGCCGGCGAGCGUCCAAAGGCCGGAGGCGCCCGGCGGGACUGCCCCGGGAGCGGCACGGAGAGGAGGUCGGGGUCACCCGGGGAACGACCGCCAGAGCACAGCCUCCCCGGGCCCCCGCCGGGCCGAGACCGCGCCACCGAGGGCGACCCCCCGCCGCCCGCCCACCCGCUCCCGGCGCGGACGCCCAGCGCGUCCAUUUACCCGGGAACGCAGGGCUCCCCGCUGGCUCCCGGCCGCCAAGCUCCACUCCGGGCGCGCUCGCUCCGGCGCCGAGCCACUUCCGGGUUCAGCCCCCGGCCCCGCCCGCCCUUCCCCUGCCGUCGCCCCGCCGCCGCCGCAGCCGAGGCGGCCACCGAACACGUCAGCCGCGCGCAGCCUCGCUGCCGCCCGACACCACCCCCCCACCCAGCGCGCGGGCCUGCGCAUGUGUGCGCGCUCACCGUCCCUGCGCACGCUCCGUGA